UUGAGUAGAGAGGGACGAGAGGACUAAAGGGUAACUCUUUUUGGGGAAAAAAAAAUACCCUAGAACACAGAAAAGAGGGUCUUUUGAAGAUCCAACAGUUGAUACACUAUGGUUGUAGUAACUGCCGGGGCCGGAGGUGCCCACAAAGUGCUUUUGAUAUCUGGGAAACAGAAUACUUCGAAUACCGCUACACAAGGAGGGUUUAGUCGGUCAAUAUCUGUCAUGUUGCCGUCCUCCGCCAAUCAAGCCGCUUCGGAUUCUGAUUCUAAUGCAUCUGGACCACCUCUGCGCAAGAGACAGCGACUUACACAUUUGAGCCCAGAGGAAAAAGCACUUCGGAGGAAAUUGAAGAACAGAGUUGCAGCACAGACAGCCAGAGACAGAAAAAAAGCUAAAAUGGGAGAAUUGGAACAGCAAGUUUUGGAACUGGAGCUUGAGAAUCAGAAACUCCACGUUGAGAACAGAUUAUUACGAGAAAAGACCACAGAUCUUCUCACUGAAAAUGAGGAGUUGAGACAGAGACUGGGGUUACACACCCUGGAUGUGAAAGAAAAGGUCCAGGUUCUGGAGUCCGAGGGGAACGGCGUGGGUUUGGUGACCGGGUCUCCUGAGCGCAGCACUCAGGCUACGUGUGCCUCCGCAGCAGGUGCAGGCCCAGUUGUCCUCAAACCUGAAGACUUCUCCAUGGAUAUUUCAAAUCCUGGCUCUUCAGACUCUGAGUCUGAUCUGUUGCUUGGCAUUCUGGACAUCCUUGACCCAGACAUGUUCCUCAAGGGUAGCCUUCCAGAAUCUCAAGACCCCCAGGUGGUGCUGGUCGGAGGAACGGGGGAGCCAGUACCUGCCGCCUCACCUGCGCCUCUGGGGUCCGCACCAGUUAAGCUGGAGACCCUUAAUGAACUGAUCCACUUUGAUCACAUUUACACCAAACCAGUGGAGGUUGUUUGUGUGGAGCAGAGCGGAGAGGAGAGCGUUACCGAAGUAAAGAUCGAAGAGGUUGCCUUCCCCGCCGCCGAACAGGAGGUGGAGGUCGUCGUGGAGACGGUCUCCGUGAAAGCGGAACCGGAGGAAGACCUUGUCCCCCAGAGUGAACCGGGGGUCGAAGACUUCCUCCCACCGAGCUCCCCUUCCCUCGGCGGUUUUGAGAAGGCCUCCUCCCUCACAGAUGCUUACAGUGACUCUGGAUACGAGCGGUCCCCCUCCCCCUUCAGUAACAUGUCGUCGCCCCUGUGCCCCGAUGCAUCCUGGGAAGACAUGUUUGCCAACGAACUCUUUCCCCAACUGAUCAGCGUGUGAAGAGAGAACCACACCAUACAAUUGAUUCUUGUUCAUUUAAUCCAUUUCUCUCGGUGUAGUGUAACGUGAUUUACUCUAUGCUUCGUGUCAAUGUACAAAAGUCAAGUGAACCCCACAUUUUGGGAUUCAGACCAAAGUUAUUAUUGCUUCAAUGUUUCAUUGGAAUACAGCAGGUCUGUACUGUAAUGUGGUCCUGCUUUUUGACCUUGAGUGUAGUCUGACUUUUCUUUUUUUUUAUUUUUACGUUUAUUCUUUUUCUUUAAAGUUUUGAUUUGGAAAUAUAGUUGUCAGACAGUUCAGUCAAUCCCACUCUAGUAUUUCUGAAAUAAGUUUGAGGGGAGGGGGGAUGUGGGGAUUGUUCAAAUGCUGAAGUAUUUAUUUGUGUAUUUAGCUCCAGAGUCUCUGUAUCUAAUCUGUGAGGUAUAGCUUAUGCUUCAAUAUAAAAUGUUAAUUUUAACGCUCUCGUUAUAUACUGCAUUAAAAAAAUGAUCAUUGCAUCAAAA